AUGAGAAAGGCUUGGAAACAGGUCCGAUCUAAGUCGGAUGAGGUAAUAAAGAGGCUUAGAAGACCAAGAGCCACCGGAGCAAAGUCGGAGAUGGACGGAAUCUUCGAAUCGAUGAAGCUUAUUUAUAUUUAUCCUUGUUUUGCUGUAUUUACAUUUUUUCCUACCGCUAUUUUUAAUGAGAAUGCUCGAAUUCCAAUGCUUUCUGAUGAGAAUUAUACUGAAUGGAAGGAGAAAGUCCUUCUCAUUUUAGGGUGCUCAGAUCUAGACCUGGCACUCCGUGUGGAUGAACCACCUAUUCCCACGAAAUCAAGUACGCCAGCUGCUAAGGCUAACUAUGAGCGGUGGGAGCGAUCUAAUCGCUUAAGUUUAAUACUCAUAAAAGCUCACAUAAGCCAAAGCAUUAGGGGUUCUAUCCCUAACAGCGAUAAGGUCAAAACUUACAUGAAGGCAAUUGAUGAACAAUUUGUAAGCUCUGACAAGGCAUUGGCCAGCACCCUUAUGAAGAGGCUCUCAAAUAUGACUUUCGACAGAAGUCGCAUAGUGCAUGAGCACAUUAUGGAGAUGAGAGACAUUGCUGCUAAACUCAAGUCCCUUGAGGUGGAUAUGUCUGAACCAUUUCUUGUGCAUUUCAUUCUCAACUCCCUUCUUGCAGAAUAUGGUCCGUUCAAGAUUUCUUACAACACACAUAAGGAUAAAUGGUCAAUACGUCUAAUCUGGUAA